CGGAUCGGAUCGGAUCGGAUCAUAUACUACUCAGGCUCUGCGAUUCUUGUUUUCACUUGGACCCUCUCCUCGAAUUUCUAUGGCGAAGAAGAAGAAAUCUAGGGUUCCUAUGGAAGAAGAGGAGGAAGAGCAAGUUGAAACUCCGAGUGAAUCUUACGCCACUCAGAACAGCCUCUACGAGGUUCUUGGAGUGGAGAGGACAGCUUCUCAGCAGGAAAUCAAGAAGGCAUACUAUAAGUUGGCGCUUCGCCUUCACCCUGACAAAAACCCUGGAGAUGAGGAAGCCAAAGAGAAAUUUCAGCAGCUGCAAAAGGUUGUGUCCAUUCUUGGGGAUGAGGAGAAGCGUGCAGUUUAUGAUCAAACAGGCUGCAUUGAUGAUGCUGACCUUGCAGGGGACGUUGUUCGGAAUCUUCACGAGUUUUUCAGAACGAUGUACAAAAAGGUCACUGAAGCUGACAUAGAUGAAUUUGAAGCAAAUUACCGAGGAUCUGAAUCAGAGAAGAAGGAUUUGAUUGAUUUGUUUAAGAAAUUCAAGGGGAAUAUGAACAGGAUGUUCUGUUCUAUGCUUUGUUCGGAUCCCAAGCUUGAUUCGCACAGAUUCAAGGAUAUUUUGGAUGAGGCUAUAGCUAAUGGGGAACUGAAGGUAACGAAGGCCUACGAGAAAUGGGCAUGGAAAAUAUCCGAAACAAAGCAACCUACCAGCCCUGUGAGGAAGAGGGUGAAAUCCAAUAAAGAGUCGGAAACAGAUCUCUAUGCAAUAAUAUCUCAGAGAAGGAAUGAGAGGAAAGAUCGAUUCGAUUCCAUGUUCUCGUCUUUGGUUUCUAGAUAUGGGGGAGGCGAUUUGUCAGAACCGACUGAGGAAGAAUUCGAGGCUGCCCAGAAGAAGCUAGAGAGCCGAAAGUCGUCCAAAAAAUCCAAGAGGAAGAGGAAGUAAGUCUCUCAUCUAUGAUUGGUAAAUUGCUUGAUCAAUUGUUAGAUUCUGUACAAACGUUUUAGCUCUGUGCUGCUGAAUGACUUUAGAAAUGUUGAGACAAUGGUUUCCAUGAUGGUUGUUCUUAACCAUUUGCAACAAAUGAAGAAUUCAAA